CAAAAGUGAAAAUAAGCAGGAGGGCGUGAUUCAACUAUAACAACGCUGACGAGUAAUUUCCCCAUUAACCAGAUCGAUCACGAUGGAUAAAUAUCCCCUCACUGUCGAGGGAGACUGGGGAACUGAAAACGCUAAAAGUGUGAAAAAUAAACUUCUUAUUCACUUUCAGAGUAAGAAGAAAUCUCAUGGAGGAGACUGCGACGUGCAAUAUAAUGGCGAGAGCAACUCUGCUACAAUUCUGUUCAAAUCAUCUGACAUCCGAGAUGCCGUACUCCUUCAGGAAGAACACAUUAUUACCAUUGACAGUCAGAAAAUCAAGCUGAAAGUGUACAAACCCAGCGAUGUACAGGAAGACAGCACUGGACUAAGAGUGGAGCAGGCAUGUGGAUAUCAGGAGCCAAAUCAAAAUGCCUCUCAAACUGAUUUGGAUGUGAAGAAGCCUCAAGAGUCAAGUGCUGUUGUCCUGGAGGACCUUCCAGAUGAGUUUAAACAAGAUGUUGUGACUCUUUUGGUGGAGAACAUUACAAAUCUUUCUGAAAAUGACUUUACCAUGGAAUUAAUACCAGAAUUAAGAAAAGCAGUUGUGACCUUUAAAAAUCCCAAUCAUGCAGUAAAGUUCCUUGAGGAUAGCAGAACACAUAAAAAGUUCAAGAGGAAUGAUCUGAGGGCCCGUGCACUGGAGAGAAGCACAUGUGUGCGGGUCGAGAAUCUUCCAGCUGAAGCCAACAACAACAAGAUGCUGCUGGAGCUGUAUUUUGAGAAAUGGGGUGGUCCAGUAGAGGAAGUCAUCACAAUUCCAGCAGAACAAGCUGCCAUGAUUACCUUUGAGGAGGAAGAAGCAAAAGAGAGAAUUUUGAAGCAAGAGAAUAACAUCUGUGAAGUUCCAGUCAAGAUAUAUCCCUACUUUAAAUCACUGGAUACAGUCUUGUAUGGUGGCAACAGACCACAUUUGAAGCUGCCUGAACCCAUUACAGUCAGUGUACAUCCUGCCAUCAGGAAGUUCCUCCUCAUGAAAGCGGAGAUUUCCUCUAUUAGUGACCAGAUGAGCUCACAUUUCUGCAAAAUAAACAUGGACAAACCUGAAGCUUUGCUUAGUCCUGAUCCAGCAUUACUGAAACAGAAAGGAGUGACCAGAAGACACAUUGAUGACUGGAGUAAGAAUGCCUGUGAUGCCUUCAAGAAAAUAAUCUCAAACUACACAACAUCUGAGUGGCCGGUGUCACAUCCCUUGUGGUCUAAAGUGGAGAGUGAUGUAAAGGAAUUGGUGAAAGACAAGGUUUUCACAGAUAUGGAUGCCUCUAAAGGUGUACUGACACUGGCGGGAAUGACCCAUGAGAUUACUGGACUGAAGCCCAUCAUGGAGAAAAUUAUAGAGAGAGCAACAAAUCAAUUAGAGAGAGAGAAGAAUAGUGUGACAGAGCAUAUGGAGAUUCAGGUGGACCAGGCAUGUGGAUAUCAGGAGCCAAAUCAAAAUUGUCCUCAAACUGAUUUGGAUGUGAAGAAGCCUCAAGAGUCAAGUGCUGUGGUCCUGGAGGACCUUCCAGAUCUUCCAGAUGAGUUUAAACAAGAUGUUGUGACUCUUUUGGUGGAGAAUAUUACAAGACUUUCUGAAAAUGACUUUACCAUGGAAUUAAUACCAGAAUUAAGAAAAGCAGUUGUGACCUUUAAAAAUCCCAAUGAUGCAGUAAAGUUCCUUGAGGAUAGCAGAACACAUAAAAAGUUCAAAAAGAAUGAUCUGAGGGCCCGUGCACUGGAGAGAAGCACAUGUGUGCGGGUGGAGAAUCUUCCAGCUGAAGCCAACAACAACAAGAUGCUGCUGGAGCUGUAUUUUGAGAAAUGGGGUGGUCCAGUAGAGGAAGUUAUCACAAUUCCAGCAGAACAAGCAGCCAUUAUUACCUUUGAGGAGGAAGAAGCAAAAGAGAGAAUUUUGAAGCAAGAGAAUAACAUCUGUGAAGUUCCAGUCAAGAUAUAUCCCUACUUUAAAUCACUGGAUACAGUCUUGUAUGGUGGCAACAGACCACAUUUGAAGCUGCCUGAACCCAUUACAGUCAGUGUACAUCCUGCCAUCAGGAAGUUCCUCCUUAAGAAAGGGUUGAUUUCCUCUAUUAGUGACCAGGUGAGCUCACAUUUCUGCAAAAUAAACAUGGACAAACCUGAAGCUUUGCUUAGUCCUGAUCCAGCAUUACUGAAACAGAAAGGAGUUACCAGAAGACACAUUGAUGGCUGGAGUAAGAAUGCCUGUGAUGCCUUCAAGAAAAUAAUCUCAAACUACACAACAUCUGAGUGGCCGGUGUCACAGCCCUUGUGGUCUAAAGUGGAGAGUGAUGUAAAGGAAUUGGUGAAAGAUAAGGUUUUCACAGAUAUGGAUACCUCUAAAGGUGUACUGACACUGGCGGGAAUGACCCAUGAGAUUACUGGACUGAAGCCCAUUAUGGAGAAAAUUAUAGAGAGAGCAACAAAUCAAUUAGAGAGAGAGGAUGACAGUGUGACAGAGCAUAUGGAGAUUUCUCCUGCCAUGUACUCUCUGCUUUUACAAGAUGGCCUGAAAACUGCUGUUUCUCCACAAAUGCACAUUGACUACGACAAAACAAUAAACAGCUUAGUUUUAGCAGGUCUUCAUACAGAUAUCAUCAUGUUCAAGAAUUGGGUCCUUGUGAAGAAAUUAAGCAUGAAACAGAAGCCCUUAAAGAUUGACCGUUCAGUCCUGGAGUUCCUGAGAUCAGUGAACUGUGAUGAAAUGUCCACAGAUCUCUUUAUAUCUCAUAGAAUAACUGCUGUCUACACAAUCGAGAAUGGAGAUGUUGUUGUGAUUGGGAGCACAGAAAAAGCACUUGUUGAGGCAGAGAAGAGGGUGAAUAUGGUUCUUGCAUCCAAAGAGCUCAUUAUAGAAGAUCAGGGUGUCCUUCAAAUGCCAGAGUGGCAGGAUCUCAAAAAACAAGUGCAAGAACUGUUCAAUACUUCUAAAAAGAAAUCUGUGUUUAUUAAUCAUUCACAGAGAGGCAAAAUAAUAGUGACUGGAUUCAGAGACCCAGUGAUGGAGGUCAGUGAUAACUUGGGACGUUUCUUUGAGAAACACACUAGAAUUGAAGAAACUGUUCGUGUCAAAUCACAUGCAGCAGUUGAAUUUAUAAAAGAAAGAAAAUCACAAGACUGGCAGCAUUUAAUGAAGUCUGAGGAGGUGCAAGUGAAUUUUGAUUCAAAGAGACCCUGGAUCAAACUGUCUGGAGGGCGUAAAUUUGUCCAGCCAGUUUUAAAAGUCUUUAAAAGGUUGAUCGAUGCUCUUUACACAGAUACACUCAUCAUUAAAAAGGCAGGAGCAAAGAAGUACUUCAAGGAACAGGGAAAAAUUAUGCUCUCGAUGCUGUUGAAGGAUAAAAGAUAUGUGGUGGUGCUCCAGGAAGACGACAUGCUGGAAGAGGAGGAGGUUGACAGUAAUGGCAGCAAUGUAAAAGCCAUGGCUCAAGCGGUCAGAAAGGAGUUUGCUUUUUAUAAACCAAAAAUGACUUUCCCUCAACAAAACAAACCUCAUUGGUACAGUAACUAUGGACAAGGCUUUCGUGGUCUUGGCCGUGGUCGUGGCCGUGGAAACUAUGACCAAAGCAACCGGCUUGCUGGCAGAGUCUCCUCUCCCUCUCUUAGGGUGCACACUAUGCAGUUGGGUCGAGUGACUUUGGAGGUUUCAUCGGGAGAUAUAACUAAAGAAAAAACUGAUGCAAUUGUCAACUCCUCAAAUCAGACAUUUUCUCUGAAAGCAGGAGUAUCCAAGGCCAUUUUAGAUGCUGCUGGAUUACAAGUGGAACAAGAAUGUUUACAGAUUGUGAGAUCAUCAAAAAUGCAGCAAACAGAGAUUGUGACCUCAGCUGGGCUCCUGCCAUGUGGAAACAUCAUCCAUAUUAUUGGUCGCAAUGGUCCAUCUGACAUUAAGGAUGUCGUUUUUUCAGUUCUGAAGUUGUGCGAGUCUCGCCAAAUUACGUCUGUUGCCUUCCCAGCUCUUGGCACUGGUCUGGGUGGUGCAAAACCAGGUGAUGUUGCAGAUGCAAUGGUUGAUGCAGUUGUUGACUUUGUGAAGAAAACGAAACCAGUGCAUGUAAAGUUUGUGAAGUUUCUCAUAUUCCAGACGAACAUGUUGGCAGACUUCCACCAAAGUAUGGUCAGAAGAUCUGGGGAAAAAGUAGAGGAAGAUGAAGUUCUUUUCACCAAAAUUAAAGACUUUUUUUUGGGGGGAAGUUCAGAAUCUCCCUCCAAUGAAGAGUUUGUGAUGGUGGGUGAGGAAAUUGAGCCAGCUGUGUUCCAGCUGUGUGGAGAGACACAAGAGGACCUGAAUGAAGCCAGAGACAUGAUCAACAGCUUGAUAUUACGGGAGCGCUUGAUCAUCCCAAUCCGUGAUCCAGCCAUUGCUCAUUUCACAAAGGAGGAUGUAGAAAUACUGAACGGCAUGCAGAGGGAGUUCACAAUCAAAGUCCAACUUGAGAAGAAAGGCCAAGACUCUGUCGUCACAUUGGAGGGACUGACAAGAGACGUUCACGGUGCAGAGAGUCGUAUUCGGGAUAUAAUCCGCAAGGUGGAAAGGAAUGAAAACCGAAGACAUGAGGCAUUGAUGAUCGGCAGUGUAGUCAAGUGGCAAUAUCAGGAGAAGGGACAUAGCAUCAAAAGCUUUGAUAUGUUGACUAAUUAUGACCUGGAAAAGGCCUUUCAAAACCGGCAGCCUUCAGUGAGAAUCAAGAUUAAUAAUGAUGACUAUGAGGCUAAUUUAGUUCACAAAGAGGCCACAAGAGGGAGAGUGAGGAUUGAACUGAACAGAGUAGAUCUGCAAGAUGCAGCACCAGCUCAAAGUUCUUUGCCUUCACACUGGGAGGACAUGAAAGGGAAGUCAGUUGUUCUUGUGAAACUCACAUCAGGCUCGAAUGAAUAUAAAGAUGUCGAGAAAGAGUUCAGAAGAACCGGUCUAACCCCUAACAUCAUUGAAAUUGAAAGAGUUCAGAACAGCACACUUUGGAGAAACUAUAUGAUCAAAAAGGAGGAUCUGGAAGACAAAAACAAGCACAAAAAAAAUGAAAAGCGUCUCUUCCACGGCACUGGUCCUGAUAAGACAGAUCAGAUCAACCACCACGGCUUCAAUCGCAGCUAUGCUGGAGCACAUGGAGCCAUGUAUGGGAAUGGAUCAUAUUUUGCUGUGGACCCGAGUUACUCAGCCCGAGGCUACUCUAAACCUGAUGUCAAAGGGCAUAAACGCAUGUAUCUCGCCAGGGUGCUUGUCGGUGAUUUCACUCAAGGAAUUCGAGGCCUUCCUGUUCCCCCUGCGAAGAGCUCCAAUAGUGCUGAUCUGUAUAACAGUGUGACUGACAACAUCCACAACCCAACCAUGUUUGUGAUCUUCAAUGAUGUACAGGCCUACCCAGAAUACCUAAUCACCUUCCAGUAGCGAUUAUGAGAUCUCUGUUUCUGUUUUUGUUUGUGUUUCCUGUUGGUUUGGUGUAGCUGAAAAAACUGGUAUGUGAAAUUUUUUACUGGCAAUGUAGACUGGUUGCAUCAUGCUCAUAUACAUGAGAGACCAGCAAUUUAUCCUGAGAAAGUUUCCUUCUAAUCUUUACUUAAUCAAUAAUUAUUUGUUUUCAUAUAUUGAAGUAUUUCCAAACAAAGAAAACAGUUUGUGCUGAACAUAUAUAUGGGGAUUAUGUGCAUGUAGAUUAAAGGGACACAUUGAUUAAAAUUAGACAUAUCAUUAUAUAGCCUAACAAAGGACUUAAAUUAUGAUUUGUUAAUAAAAAAUAAUUGAUAUUAUUUGUUAUGCUGUGUAAAUAUCCUUAGAUAUCCUUACAACGUUUAGGCAGAAUAUU